UUUGUAAAUGUCAACGUUUUGCUCUUGCAGAGUAGAAAUUCUUUAAUUUCAAUUUAUAGGUAAAUCUAUUUAAAUAAAUUAAGAUGGAUAAUGAUGUAACGAAUUAUACGGUGAUUGGCCGAAUUGGUGAGGGGGCUCACGGGUUAGUUUUCAAAGCAAAGCACGUACCGACUGGCCGUGAAGUGGCCCUCAAGAAGAUCUUGAUAAAAAACCUCGAGGAUGGAAUUCCAGUAAACGUGAUGAGAGAAAUAAAAGCACUGCAGUUGCUUAGAUGCAAAUAUAUUAUAAAACUCUACGACAUGUUUCCCCGAGGUAUGAGCCUGGUCCUAGUCCUGGAGUACAUGUGCUCAGGUCUCUGGGAUAUGCUGCAUCACUCACAGCAGGAACUCACCUUGCCCAGGGUCAAGACGUAUGCACAGAUGCUGUUAAAAGGCACGAGAUACAUGCACGCGCAUUAUGUGAUGCAUAGAGAUUUGAAACCAGCUAAUCUGCUGAUUAACCACGAGGGUAUACUGAAGAUUGCCGACUUGGGUCUUGCACGUCUUUACUGGCCUGAUGGAGGCAGGCCUUAUUCGCACCAGGUCGCUACAAGAUGGUACCGAGCUCCCGAGCUACUGUAUGGUGCUAGAUUCUACUCAGAGAAAGUGGACCUGUGGGCUGUCGGUUGUAUUUUAGCAGAAUUGAUAACGAAGCAACCAUUAUUUGCUGGUGAAUCGGACAUCGAACAGCUAGCAAUAGUACUUCAACACCUUGGGACACCGACUGAAGAGACUUGGCCUGGACAUUCAGAGCUGCCAGACUUCCACAAGAUCACAUUUCCCGAGUCUUCUCCCACGCCCUGGCCAGAACUCCUGCCGGGAGUCGAGGUAGAUGCUGUAGACCUUGUCAAAUCGUUUAUAAUGUACGAUGCGAACAAGAGGAUACCCGCUAAACAGGCAUUAAGACAUCAAUGGUUCCACAACCGACCCCAGCCAGCUGCUUUACAAGAUAUGCCAAAACCAGUUAUGAACAAAUUGAAAUAAAUACUAGUUCUGGAAAAUGAAAUAAAACAAAACAUAAUGUAUUUACCAUUUAAUUAAAUUAUAAAUCAGUAAUAAUUACAAUAUCAAGUUGUACUUUAAAUCUUAUGUACAUUUGAGCCAAACAGUGAAUGCACAGAGAUACCCUUAAUUAACCGCUAAGAAAAUAUCUUAAAGAAGGCGACACAGUCAGAUACACGAACCAAUCGCUAGUGACUCAUACGUUCCCUAAUAUACCAUGCAUUACCACUCGUUAACUAUCCAUAAAUACGAAAAUAAUGGUAAAAUCAUCCACGUUUACUUAAUAUGGAAGAAUUUAUUGCAAGAAUUUACAAUCAUCCUAAAUCAAUAAAAUACUUUCGUUCGCAGCUCACGACCCCGAAAGAAGUAAGCACACGCAUUCAAUUAAUUGAUAGGAAAUGUUAAUCUUAACUACUUUACUUUUUGGAAUCAUUCGGAGAAACCUAGUUCCGUUAAUAAAUAAAACUAUACUUUUAAAUAAUAAUCAUAAUAAAAUGCAGAUAAACAUUAAGAGAGAUCAAAAUAAUAUUAUAACUUCACAAACACUCAACUUUUAAAAUCUCGUGGAAGUUUACUAAACCUUCACAAUUUUGUCUUUAUUUCCAUAUCAUAUGAGGGAAAACAUUAACCUUAUUUAAUGUAUGACAUUACUAUACAUUCAGAUUAUAUAGUAACAUAAAUUAUGAUCUACCACAGCCAUUGUUACAACUAAUCAAAAGUUAAGUAACAUUGGACUUCGAUGUAGAAUUUUAUUAUACAUUUUAUUUUACGAACAACAUGACAAAAAUUGAUAUUUCAACAAAUAUAAGAUAUCCAAUCAUACAGAAUAGUUUUAUCAAAAAAAUGACAAUGACGUCACAUUUUGAUGCACACCCCAUCUGUUUAGAGUCAAAACACACUAAAUAGCUUCUACCACAAUUAGUGCAACUAGUAAAUAAAUUAUUGAAGGUGUCUAAACAUUUACUAGUCACUAACUUUUCGUUACAUACUAGGCAAAGCUCCCUAAAGAUGAACAAAGAGGUAUUACCAGCUUACAAUAUUAACAAAAAAUUUUAAUACCAACUAAUAAAGUCCAAAAUAAUUUGACAAAGCAGUAACGGUGAUGUGACAUUAUAUAGUGUGUUUUGGCAGAACUGAAAUGUAAAUUGCUUCGCUAAAAUAAACCUUAUAACUACUUUGGUUAGUGUCACAAGGAGCCAUCAGGUACUCUAUGUUACACACCGUAACGGAAUACUAUUGUGCUGUAUUAAAUGUAGAUAUUUACCUAAUAUAACUAGAAUUAGCUAACAGUAUGGUACCUUCGGACACAUACUAAAGUUGCAAUGCAACAAAUAAUUAACUAAAUCGCGUAUACGUGACGAGAAGGUUGCGCAUUUUUAACUAUUUAUGAUAAGCUAUUUUGAAUUCUAUUGCGUAUAAGAUAAAGGUUAAAAAGACUGCACCAUAUACAUAUUGCAAAUAUCAUUUUUCUACCUUUAUGAGUACAAAAUAGAAUUCAAAUUGGAAGGCGUUAAAAUUGAGUACUUACAGUAUAACAGAUUGGCAAUAUUAUUGGGGCAGGGGCAAUCCCUAGGUUAUCAAUAUAACCUAUCUAUUUGUAUGUAGAAACAGUUAGUAUGAUAGUAUGACACGGGCCUUGGGAAGGCUUUAAACAAAUGCCUCCUUCUACAACAAAAUUUUUAAUAAGCACUAGCUCUCUUUUACUCAAUCUAUGCUUAUUAGACACAUUGAUAUUUUUUUUCACAUAAUUAUAUUCACAACACGAAAACAUUCGAGAUUGCUUUACACUUUCAGUUUAAUUUGUACGUUAAUCUUUUGAAUAAGCCUAAAUAUACACAUUGUUGGCCAUCAAAACACAAUGCUCUUUAUUGCUGUUAUUAUUGGGAAAGAGGCAUCGGACAAUAAUAUGUUAUAUUCAUAAAGUAACACCCGACUGAACAGAGCAAUUAAGAUCUAAUUUGUAUGGUUUCUAGGUUUAAUUUCGCAUGUAAUUUUAUGUAAAAUUCAUCAGUACAAGAAUUAUGAUAAAAUUAAUUGUAACAGUUCCCCUCAAUCACUACAUAAUCAACGUUUUUAUAGAUUUUUCUUUUAGAUAUCCUCACCCCAAUCCCAAUCGUCAAAUUCCUAACCCCCAUAAGGUCGGUAACGUACUACUUACACUUCUUAUGUUACAGGUGUCCAUGGUCGGCGCCGAUUGCUGACCAUUAGGCGAUCCUGAUGGUAAACAAUCGGCGUUUGCCAGUUUAUCCCAUUAAAAUAGAAAACUAUCAAACAAAAAACCUAUUGGGACGUAAUAAAUCGUGACACCGUGACACAGGUUACCUUGGAAAAGCAAAAAAAAAUUUUAACUAUUUGUCGUACAGUCGGGCGUUAAAAACAAUACAUAUUUACAUAGGCAUUAUUUACAAUGCUCUAUAAGAGCAGUCUUACAUGAGGUUACCUUCGUGCAAAAUAAUACAUUGACACAACUGUCAAUUUAACUAAGUAAGAAGAAACAAUUUUACAAAUCACAAUGUGUAAUAGCAAAUUAUACUCAUUAUGGUACAAGUAAUAAUAAUAAGAAGUAGAAUACUUUAUUUGUAUUACAACUUUCGUGAAACAUACUAAUUAAAGUAGAAUACUUCUUUAAAAACAAGUUCAAUACAUAUUUUGUGAACACUAUGUUCGUACAAGACCAAAAACUACAGUGGCGCCAGUGGAAAAUCGAAUGAAAGUUCUUGAAUGUGCAAGGUAACAAUUGAAAACACAGGAGGAAUAGGAAAGAAAGGAGUAAUAAAAAUAAUGAAUACUAAUGCCUAUAAAACAUAACGAGCACCUAGACUGCAUAACAUCUUACUAUAGGCGAGAUAAAUAGACAUUGUUUGUGAUGUUGACUAAAGGAAUGCUGUCUCUUUUACUCAUAUAGUAUUCUUAUAAAGCAAGAUAAAGAUGGAAAUAUGCUGUUGAGACCAACACACAGGGUUUCACACAAUUUUCACUUGACAUUGCGACCAGAUAAGAUGACUAUGGUCAUAAAAGGACUUCAAAAAAGACAUUGAAUCCCUAUUUAGGUAUGAAAGCCAAUUACAAAAAAAUGCCUAUUCAUGUCGACUUACAUGUGUCCUAUAUGAAAAUAUCAACAAUUGCUUAAAGAUAUAAGUAUGAAACAAUAGUUAUAGCUAUGAAUACGACUGAAAUUCCUGUUUCACAACCAAUGUAAGACUGUAAUAACUUUGUACAUGCGGUAGUCGCUUUAAGCGCGCCAUCAAAGGAACGUUGAGGGAUUUAAAAUGCGCUAUAAAAUUUCAAGGCUUGAUUAAUUAGUAUAACAGUGAUACCUAUAUUUAAUAUAUUAUCUAGCGAUCUAUCAGUGCCUUGCUAGAUUCCAACUAGUUAUGUAUAUAAACUAUAACAGAAACUGCACUUAAUUCGAUGACCUGUCGUUAAUAAUUGGAGGGAGAUAACAAGAGAUUACAUAGUAUAAAAUCAACCGUUGUAACAUCUAUUCGAUAAAUACGUUGUUAGUAUUUAUGCCCGAAAUUAAUAAUACAGACGUCAUGCUUUUAGUUUCGACACUACAGACUAUUUGUUUAAUAUUCUUAGGGCCUAAUGCGAGCUUUCUCUAGAAUAACUCAAAACGUUAACGCAUUUAGCCCUCUAAUUGGUUAGUUAAUGGCUACUGUAUUUUACUCAACAGAUGACGCUAGUAUAAACCUCUCGUUUUUCAUCCAAUAGGGAAUCUAGUGUCGCACUAUUGGAUGUUUAACGGCUUGAAUGCACCGAUAUGAGACACAAUA